CUACAAGAAGAAUGGUUGGCUUGGCUGCAAAUAGCUUCGUGCUCCUCGUCGUGUCUUCUGUGCGUAGCCUAGAAAAAUAUUUACAGGAUGGUGUGCAUGAGGUUAUAUAUUAUAAUUGUGGCUGUAGUUGAUUGUGUAAGUUAUCGAUUUUAAGGAGACUGAGGGAGGGAAUGAGAUCUGUAAUGCAAAAUUUUGGAAGGGAAGUUAGGAGAACGGUAAAAACUAUAGAAACAGAAAGGGAAGUUAUUAUGGGCAUUCAAAACACACAGGCUGCCUCAGGUUGAGAUGGGGCCAGCCCUGCGUAUUUUCCAAGCAGUCUGGCAUAAUAGUAUACUAGUGGUGUGAGUCUUCCUAAUAUUAAAGCUGGAGCCUUCAAAAGUACAUUAGUAAAAUUCGCACAGGUUUUUCUGAUCUUGCUUAAGAGUAUAUUCCUUAAACUAUGUGAAACUACAUAGUGAAACAGAUUUUCACUGUUUCUUGCUGUUCACUGUGUUGAAUUUAGAUUGAGGUGUAUUUUAGUGAUAAAAUGAGAAGGUGGGAGAUGUAUCUGGGUGUAGUCUACGAGAGGCUCCUACAGUUAAAUUUCCCAAAGCAAACUGUCUCUAUAUGGUAUGGAUGGUAGAAUGUUAUAUUAAAGAGCAAGUAAUGCAAACAUACGAUAACAGAUAUGAAUCUCAAAUGCAACUCGGACCCUUCAGGGAAAAAAAUAAAAGCCAGCAGCUUGUUUAUUUUUAUGCAACCAAUGUGACGAACCAAAGGCUUGUCAAAGCCGCAUACCAGUAUAACACGGUACUGACUAGGGCCAGUAAAUAAACAAGUUGCACUUUACGGGAAAAACGCCUUUACUACUUUUCUUUCUUUCCUGGGGAUUGAGUUUUGUGUAUGAGGAGUUUAUACGCAUGCAUAGCCUGCAAAGCAAGCAGGUAUUUACACAUGAAAAUGUUACCCAUAAAUGUGGAACUGAUAUUGAAAGCUGCUUAACUUUUUAAGCGCUGCAAUGUUUUUAGCGGAGGAAGGUGGGAAACAAGAUAACAAUAUGUUUCAGCUUCUAUGACUUUGAGCAUCAGUAUGGCUGAUGUACUGUACUUGUUUAGAAGAGUCCGUGAAAAAAGGAAGCGAAGGAGGUUUUAUCCCGCAAACCGUAUAUACAGAAACCGUCACUCUUUUUUGGAUCUCACUGAGGAACAGGUGUUGCAUCGCUACUCUCUGGAUAAGCAGGCUAUCCAUGACUUGUGUGAAGAAUUGAGAAGGGACUUGGAGAGUGCCACAGGCAGAAGUCACGCAAUUCCUGUAGCAGUAAAAGUUACUUCAGCCCUCUGCUUUUUAGCCUCAGGCUCUUUUCAGGCAUCAACAGGGGACACCACAGGUAUCAGCCAGUCAGCAAUGUCCAGCAGUCUCACACAGUUUUUAGAUGCACUUGUGCGCCGGGCCAACCAGUAUGUCUGCUUUCCACUGUUUCUGCAGCAACAGCAGCAGGUAAAGCGCGAGUUCUUUGACAUUGCUGGUUUUCCAUGCAUCCUUGGUGUAGUUGAUUGUAUGCACGUUGCUCUUCGAGCUCCACCAGAGAAUGAUGCUUUUUACCGGAACAAAAAGAACUUUCACUCUAUGAACAUGCUUGUAGUGUGUGAUGCCAAAUGCCUGAUCACCAAUGUUGUAGCCAAGUUCCCAGGAUCAUGCCAUAAUGCCUACAUUUUGAGGCAGUCUGCCUUGGCUAACCUGCUAGACGAAACUAAUGACCUUGGUGCUUGGAUAUUGGGUAACAGUGCUUACCCACUUAAAAAAUGGUUGAUGACACCAAUUGCCAAGCCUGAGUCUCCAGCUGAAGAGAAGUACAACAAGUCACACCACAACACCAUUGCCGUGAUAAAGCGUACCUUCAGUAUCUUGAAGAAGAGGUUCCGCUGCAUUGACAAGCCUGGGGGCUCCCUGCAGUACAGCCCACAGAAAGUGUGCCAGAUCUUCUUAGCCUGCUGCAUUUUGCAUAACAUUGCAUUGGCAAGGAACAUUCCAGUAGAAAUUGAGGAUACUCCAUAUGACAGUAACUCAGAGGAUGAAGACCUCACAGAUGUCCUCCAAACCAUCACCAAUGAAGACUCUAAAGAAGUAUUGGCUGUGAGGGCAAAGCUGGUCAAGAAUUACUUCUAGCUUGUCAUUCUGCUGUGGCAGACUAAAAGCAUCUGCAUGCUUACUUGAGAGAGAGUGAGAAAGGAACAAAGGAGGGGGGUUAUAUUUUGUGAUGUGGUCAUGGAGGAAAUUGCAAGAUUCUGAUCUGGAUAAUUUAAAUUUUCUAGAGAAUUUACUAAGAAGACCCCACUUCAGUUGUCUCCUCUUCAUUCAAUAAAUGUAUCAUCGGAGCACUUUACUGUAGCAUUAGCCCUUUCAAUGAAUAAUUCUGACAGAUGUUGCAAUAACCAGACCAGUCUGGUGGUGUAAAGGGGGCUAUAUUUUUAUUUCAUUUUGAGCUGUAUGGUUGAUAGUUAAAGUAAAACUUUAAAUGCAUGCAGUGGAGAACUUGGUAUCCUAUUAGACAGUAUUUUCCAGUGGGAUGUUUGUCACAGACUUGUAUGAAUGGCUAGGUGCUCUGAUUUCUUUCAGGUCCAUAAUGAUAAGCUGCAAACCUAGUUUGUCACACCUUUUACCCUGAAGGGUAUUGGACAUUAGACUUUUUCACUAUUGACCUGUAACCUUUAUCCAAUGACUCCAGGUACAUAUUCUUUCCUAACUAAAUGUGGGCACAGACACACUCCAGAUGGGCAAAAGCACUUUUUUUCUGAAGAACAUUACUACUUUUGUUGAGGUACAUUUUGCUUUGUCAAGUUUUAUGUUUUACACUUCUGUUUUGCAGAUCUGCAUUUUUAGCUUAGGGAUGCUAGUCUCUUGAAAUGGUAAAAUGAAUUUUGAAUUUGUAUGUGCUUCUUUAACUGUGCCAUAGUGUUCUAGAUCAUCUGACUGACAUUUCACAGUUUAGAUUGAAAAGGAUUUGAAGGUAUGAAGUCAUCUCCAGCACCAUAAACUAGAAUGCACAUCAUUAAUGUGAAUUCUGCUGCUUCAAAGCAUGCAUGUCCAUGUGCCCUUUAAGCUACUUUUUAGGGAACAUGACAGUGGAGCUUAGUAAGCACAAAAUAAGAUCUUUCGGGGGGGGGGGGGUGAAUCUGUCCAUGUUGUGUUUGUCAGAAAAUACUCUUAUUAUUCAUGUUCCUUAUUCUUUUACAUAAGUAUGGCAUAUUCACAUAACUUACUCCUUUUAAAUAAGGAUGCAUGCCAGCCUCCUCCGUGUUUGUGGUGGUGUUCAUGAAACUUACCACAGUGUGAGAAAAUUAAAUUCUAGCUAUGGAAAGUCAUUGUACAUAUGUGCCAUUAAACUAGCUUCAGCAUAAUUAAAUGUAUUUUCAAGUAUUAUAUAGUGAUAGUGUGCCUAUAAUAAGGACUGGCAAACAAAACAGAUGACAUUGAUGGAACUUUUAUGCAGUUAUUUUCUUAGUACAAUCAUUUGGUUAACUGAUGCAUUUGAGGGCCAUUUUGUUGAAUUUUACAAAUUUCUCCUGAGAUUGCACGACCUCAGAGGAUGUUAUAUUAAGUGAGGAGGGGGUGUUUGUGGAGGUCUAACACAUCUCUCCCUCAUUGUUUCAGUCUGUUUGUGUAACAUAACUUGACACAUGGUACCAUCCAUUUUUUAAAAACUUUAAGCACUUUUUUGUGUUAACUGUUGGACAUGGUUUGAAAUGAAAGAGUUUUAUUUUGGUAUGAAGAUCCCAUGAUUCAAGUUUAAAGGGAAUUUGGCCAUUCUUCCUGUAUUAUGAUUGUAAAAACUGCUUGCAGAAUUGCACAGUGCUUUUUCCCUUCUGUGAGUACACUAUUAACUGAAAAUCAUGUCUUAAACAAAGAACAGUUGAGUUUUCUUAGGUUGUGUCCUGUGUGAUGAAUGUCUUGCUGGAAUUUUAAGAUGUUAUUGGUGAUGCAACCAAAGUUGCACUACACUGGACCAUGCAGUAAUUGCUGACUACAGAACUCCAUAAAGCGACUUUGUGAGAGAGUACAGAAACGAGUAAGACUGCAACUUCUGCAUUCACAUUUCAUAUCUUGGGAUGAAUUGCACUGGUGGGUUCAUGAUCUUUAAAGUGAAUCAAGAUGCCUUGUUUUCAUCCCAGGACAAAAAUCAGAAAACAGUAUUCUUUAGCACAUUUAAAUUAGGAUGAUUUUGCAUCUGUUCAGACUUAUGACAGUCUGAUGAAAUCCUCUCUUUAAACAGUCUUGGUAGAUAUACCUUGAGGGAAGUGUAUUACUUUAAAGGAGCCUUGCAUUGUUCUGUGUUCAUUGAUGGGAUUUAAACUGUUUCUCAUGUAAGGACUUCUGCUUUCAGAAAAGCUGGAGAUGGUCAUGUUUAACCAGUCAGAAAGCACCGUUUUCUUGGUUUGUUUCAUUGUCUUUGUUUUGUUUGUGGUUUGAAUGAAGUAUUGUAAGGUAUUGUAAAUGAUCUUGACUCUCUCACUUGUAAGCUGUCCACCUUCACUAUAUUAAAGGGGUACUAUCUCCUUCCUGAAA